AUGGCGAAGUGCACAGAACAUCCGCUUAACGUGCCCAUUGUCGAGCAGAAGCUCACGAGCGGCAUCCGCGUCCACGGUCUCCUCCUCUCCCUCUCAACCUCCGCAACUAUCGUAGCAUGCUGCCUCACAGCCUGGCAGGUCUUCCAACACGCCAGACACUACACGAAACCAAGCGAACAGAAGCAAAUCAUCCGCAUCCUCUUGAUGGUCCCAAUCUACGCCAUCGCCUGCACCCUCAGCAUCGAGUUCUACAAGCAGCACGUCUACCUCGCCAGCAUCUACGAGUUCUACGAGUCCCUCGUCAUCGCGGCCUUCUUCCUGCUGCUGUGCCAGCUCUUGCACCCGGAUCCCACCACGCUCCGAAGGGCGUUCUCCCUGGUCGAGCCGAAGCCGUGGAUCCAUCCGAUACGGUUCCUGGUGGUACACAUCGGGCGCCGAAAAGAUCGGAGCGUGGACGGGUUGAAGUGGUUCAACACUAUCUGGUUCUGCGUCUUCCAAUUCUGUAUAGUCAAGUUCCUCGGCGCUCUUGUCAAGUGCAUCACUGAAGCUGCUGAUAUGUACUGCGAGGAGUCGAGCAGUGCCAGUCAUGCGAAGAUUUGGGUUAUGGUCAUUGAAAUUUUGUCACUGGUGACUGCCAUGAUGUGUCUCCUUCAAUUCUACCAGCAGACCAAAAAGGAGCUUGAGACCCACCAACCUCUGUUGAAAUUCCUCGCCAUCAAGUUGGUGGUGUUUCUCUUUUACGUCCAGACCUUCAUCUUCAGCUUCCUAAUGAAGGAAGACGGCCCAAUCAAACCCACAGCGACGAUAUCCUACCCGUCCUGGGCCGUCGGGAUCCCCAACACAAUCCUCUGCUUCGAAAUGGCAGCCGUCUCCAUCCUGCACAUCUUCGCAUACCCCCACGAACCAUACCGCGCCCGAACCGAUACGAAAGACGACUCCCACAGCGAGGGCAGCGCGGUACGCGAAAACGACCAACACCCCCUCCACCAAGUUUUAGUGACGCGCAGCCACGACGGCUGGGCCCGCCAGCACGAUGAGCCCGUAUGGGACGGGACGCAGAGUACACCAGACACACGCGCCCCCGCUGCCGGAUUCAAGUGGGAGGCGCUGGUGGACGCGCUCAACUUUGUUGACGUUGUGUUUGCCGUGGUAACUGCGUCGCGGUGGCUGGUGGCGGAGCGACGGAAGGAUGCGGCGCGGGCUGCGGCGGCGGUGGAGGACGAAUGUGACUACCCGUACGGUGCUGGGGAUGUAAGGAGAAGAAAGACGGAAGAUCUCUCGCAGGCGUUGGAUAGAGCUCAGGCGCAAACGUCCUCCACGCGGUUGGGAUGA